AUGGACCCCGAAAGACAACCUCUGCUUUCUCAGGGCUCUGAUUUAAGAUGCAGAAGAUUUGGACCUUUAACUCAGGAUGAAGUCCAAACAGCACGCCAGGAGAUCACCUGGCGAAGAACCCGCUUCUUCCUCGUCCUCAUGUUCUGGGCGUUAAUAGCCAUGUUCCUGUCCAUCAUCACGUGUAUCUUGGUGAGGGCUCCAAGGUGCAACACUUAUGAUGCUGCAGGGAAUCUACCAGCGGUGCCACCAGUCCAUAUGACCUUUGCACCACUGAUUUAUAGAAUGAAAGAAGAUAAUGUUUAUACUUUGUAA